UUUUCCUACUCACUUGUCGACCCUGAUCAAUUUUUGUCGAGUCGAGUCCGCGCGCGCACACAAUUCCACUUUCCACACACGCUGAGCUCCAAAUUCUAACAGGCAGCGGCAGGUGAUUAUGGCCGUGGAAUGCCGUAUUAGGUCGCUGUUUCUACCUUAACUUUGGAAUCCAGAGGAAGAAAAGGUUUGUAGUUGAGACAUUUUGUCGAAUGGAGAACAGCAAAAGUACUAAUCUUCCGAGGAGGCUUGCAAUUCAAAUAGAGAAUCCGUUUGCUUUGAAGGUGGGUCAAGUCUUUACAGGUUUUGGCAUCGGUUGUGGUGUUGGAAUCGGCGUCGGACGCCCUUUAAACUUGGGUGCAAUACCAGCACUGCAACAAGUUAUGAGUGCAACCAGAGGAGCAACAGAUGCUUUUUCAGGAAUUGGAAGACAUGUGAACAGCUCUUUGAGAAGAUUGGGAGCAAAGAACAUUGAAGCAGGAAUUGGAUGUGGAGUUGGUUUUGGCCAUGGCUUUGGAGUUGGUCUUGCUAUCAAGCCAAGGGUGAUUCAUCAUAUUCAAUCUUGUCUUGGAGAAGUACUAGCAAAGAUGAUGAUGAAGUUCGGGAACAUUCCUGGUCUACCUAGUCAAAAUGUACUCCCAGGGUCCUUGCAGAGCAGCAUGAGCAUGAUAAAUGACACCUCAAUGCAAAACCAAAUUGGAAAUAUCAUGCAGUCAGCAUCAAAAACUAUGGAAAAUACAUCUCAAUUCCCAUCUAAAGCUGUAGGUAUGAGCACUGGGUCUAAGUACGCAUCUUCAUUGGACACUUCCCUGGGCAGUCGCACUGAAAAGGUUAUCAGCAAUUUCUUGCAGAAUUCUGUUUUGAAGGAUGGGGAGGAAAUUGGGUCUAAUAAUUUGGUGGAGAACUUCCGGUUGGAAAACAAUGUUCUUCAAAUGGUAUUGAAACACCAGCAAUUCAUCGAAGAGCUGAUGGAGGAGAAUGAAAAGCUUCGUCAAAUACUUGUUGAUGAGUUGAAAGUUCCAGAGAGCAAGCUCAAAGCCAGGAAUACGAGUAGAACUAAAUCACUUUCCCCAUGUUCAGAUUGUUUUGAAUGUCGCAGAAGACAACAAAGAUCAAAAUAGAGAUGUAUAACUUGAAGACAAACAUAAGCUUUAAAGUUGCAGCAAGCCAACAAUAAAAAAAAGGCUUUAAAUUAUUCUUUACUAUACGCUUGUUAAA